CCCGCUAUAAAGAACGCGUGAGCUACGCCGGCAUCUCUUUGGUCGUGAGAGAGCUCAGGGUUUGCUACACCGCAUUUGUCUUUUUUUUUAUUUUCUUCCACAUAAAAAAGCGCACCCAUCAUCCAUUAUUAUUUCGUUUUUUUUUAAAUUUCUCCCCGAUUUCAGUUUAUCCGAGGCCACUUGCAUGCAUUGUUCGUCUCCUAAAAUGGUUUGCGAGACUAAAAUAGUUGCUGACGACCCCGACGCCAUAGCUGGGAACAAAAAAGAUUCUCUGAUCGUUUCCUCUUCGCAGAUGUGGACGUCGGCUUCCGACGCGUUUGAGCGGAAAGACGCGAAACGGGAGCAGGUUUUAAUCCGCGACUUCGAGCGCGGUGAUAACGCAGAGGUGCGCCGCAUCUUCAAUGAAGGCAUCAUGGAGCGGAUACCCAACACGGCCUUCCGCGGUCUUAAACACCAACCACACACUCAGUUUAUUUACGCUGUGCUCACAGUAAUGUGCUUUGUUAUGACCAAGUCCGUCAUGCUGACAUGCUGCACACCUUUCAUUCUAAUGGGAGCACGCUAUUACUAUAGCAGAAAAGUCAUCCUCAGCUACUUGGACUGCGCACUCCACACAGAUAUGGCUGAUAUAGAGGCAUACUACAUGAAGCCCACAGGUUCCUGUUUCUGGGUGGCAGUGCUAAACGGUCAGGUGGUGGGCAUUGUCGCAGCACAGGGACGAGAAGAAGACAACACAGUAGAACUGCGGCGCAUGUCUGUGGACUCUCGUUUCCGUGGGAAGGGCAUUGCCAAGGCGCUGGGACGACGGGUCCUAGAGUUUGCUAUGCUUAACAACUACUCAGCCGUGGUUCUGGGGACGACAGCAGUCAAGAUGGCCGCCCACAAGCUCUACGAAUCAUUGGGUUUUCAAAAGGUGGGCGAGACUGAGAACUACACUCUGCCCGGAAUGAGCCGCUCACUGAUGGAAAGGCUCUUCUUCCAGAUCCGCUACAGCCGCUACCGGCUACAGCUCCACGAAGAGUGAGAGUGUGUGAGAGUGAACGAAAGCAUGAGAGAACGAGUGGACGUAAGAAAGCGUGUGAGAGUAUGAACACCGACCACAAUCCUUAAAUCACCUAAACCCAAUCCACCUCUUAAACCUUAUUAUUAUUUUUUUAAAAUCACAGAUGUUAUUUCUACCACUAUUUCUAUUAAUUCCUUACCUGUUAUGUUUUUUUCUUCUUUAACAUUUUACUUUAAUCAUUUCUUUCAUUAUUUUUUUAAAAACUGAAUCUCCCAAUUAGUUUAUUUAUACUAAUAUAUAUAAAAAGUAAUGAUAAAACCCGUGUUAACAAGAGUAAAAUGCCACACAACAAACCAAGGCAAUAGGUCGGUCUUAGAUUCUCUUUUUAAAUCUGUUGUAAGGGCUGAUCUGAUAGCUAGCACUGACUUUUCUCAAAGAUGGCAGAAUGAUUAGAGGGGUGUACAGAGGAAAGGAGAAUGGAUACAGUUAAGAUUCUCUUUCCAAUGUCACACUACUCUGUUAAGUGUACACAAAUGCAGGUCUUGAACUUCAUAAAAUGGAAAGGCUGGUGACUCUAGCAGUCAAGCAAACAAUAUUGACUAAAGCACAGCAAGUUUUUCUAUGUCUUAAGAACAAGAAGAGAAAUAAACAGUGAAGUUAGCACUAAGUGAAGUAACUCCUAGUUAAUCCUGCACAGUUUAACCCUGAGUUAACUCAAAAGUGGUGAUUUUACUGUAAGGGAGGAGUCCUACUCUACAUAUAUAUAGUAACUGAAAUUUUGCCUCUAACUCUUCCUGUCCCCCCCAAUUACAGGCCAGUCUCUCAAUCUUUCCUUUUGUGUUGCUGGAACAGAUCAGAUAUUGCACAGAUUGUAUUGCUGUAUAAGAUCUUUAUUGUGUUAUGUCUUAAUAUUACUAAAAUACCUACUUAUAUAAAUUGGAAUUAAUUGGACCUAGAUUAACAAGAUAUUAAUUUGCAGUCAGUGAAAUUUGAUUUGACAUUAACACAAAAAAAGAACUCAUUACAAAUUCAUAAUUUUCAUUAAAACAUUACCAAGUUUAAACAAUGCAAAUUAAUACUAAUGCAGUAUUAAUAAAUGUGAUGCACAUCUAUUAUCGCUGCAUUGGAUGAAGCUUGGUUGGUCAGACAUAAAUCUGAGCACAAAUUUGGCUUUGACAAAUUGACUGCGCAAUUAUUCAAUAUAUAAACCUUUAUAUUUUACAUAAAUAUGGAAUAUGUAAAUGUGAAACAUUUGAAUACAUAUCUGACAGAUAUAACUGAAAAUCUCUCACCAUAUCCAUUCUCCUAUGAAAGUACCAGCAAUGGGAGAGAUACAAGCCACAACGAGCCUCAUUUGUGAAAUAUUCUUGUAUAAAGUUAAGAAACUAAAUGUGAUUAAAACUAAGUAAUGUAGCGCAAAAAGAAAAAAAAAAAAAAACUUGAUCCUUGCCAAUUUUCCUUGACUUGACUUUUACCCAUCCAUGAAACUGACUGCAGCCCUGGGCCAGACCCUUCCACACCCUAACCCCACUCAUUCAGCCCCGACCCCAUCUCUGCAUGCGCCACUGAGCCUUGUUGCGCUGCUUCUAUCUCCAUUUGAGCUUGUACGACUCCUAAAAACUCCUCUGUGAUGUUAUAGUAGCAGCGCAAAACAUUUGGUCAAUUAACUCAAAGAUGAUGGACUGAUAACGAAAAAGUUGUGUAUGACAUAAGAGAUGUACCUACCGACUCGCUGCUUCGAUGACAUCACAGCUGCCAAAAGUAGAAUGCAAAAGCAAUGCAAAUAUGUGGCAUGCCUCUGUACCUGGUUCGUACGUACGGUGCCUGCCCUGGAAAUGAUGUAACUCUGUUUAAAAAAAUAUGUAGAACAAGCUUCUUUUUUAGCUGAACAUAUAACAAUGUGUGUCUUUGUUAAAAGAAACUACUGUUUUGCAUGAAACAUGACUUUGAAUGAAAAGUGUUUAAGAAAACAUGAUCUAUCAAAUUGAUGUCUUAACAGUGGAGUUCUAUUUUAAUUUUUUUUUUUUUGGUUAAUGUUAUUUGUUUAACGUAAACAUUUUAAAUUUGUUUUUACCUUUUACUACUGGGGUGAUGAAUAUCCUGUUUACUGUAAGAAGCCCAAAACCACCCAGCUAAAUGCAGCAUUACAUAUAUUACAAGACAUUAAAAGAACUUCUCACUGUAAACACCAGGACAACUCACUUGAUGAAAUCAGGUGAGCUUAAAUAUAUAAAUCACCAAAUGAAUGGCAGAGCUGUCUGACUCAUUAACACUAAACUAUUUAAACUCACUCAUUAAAACGGGACAGUAUACAUACCAGAUGCAUUAAACAUGGACUGUUAGCACCAUACUGAAUUGUUUUUAGACUCAGACACAGACAACCUAAAAAAAGAAAAAGAAAACUAGUGUGCGAUACACGGAUGGAACUUUUGCUGAUAAAUUUAGAUUACAAAAUCCACAUAAAGGAGAUACAUGUAAAAUUAAGCAAGUAAUGAGGACAAGUAAUGUUGAUACAAACUAAAAUGAGAGAAUGCUUGCAUGAAUAUAUUUUGAACUAUAUUUGUUCAGUGUCACCCAAUUUGGCAUUAAUGCAAGUCUGCUUAUUGAACUAUUAAAAAUCAAUUUAGAAAUAUGUGAUAGACAGCUAACUUCACUUAAACUGGGUUUAGUAGUGACAUAUGAUGGUAAUGAAAAUUAAAUGAAACUUGCACGUAGCUCCUUUACUAGAACUUACUGAAAAUAUCGGUAUGUAAUUUCUAUAUAAAACUGGCUUUAACCAAAUCCCACACUCACCUACACAGACAAUGCAGAUGUUGAGCCAAGUGCAUAUUUGCUGCACACACAUCAGUUUGUGAGUUAACAGUGUUUUUUGUUCAGUACAUUUGUUCAGUCUAAAGUGAUGUUGGCAGAUGUGGAUGAUUGAAUGUAAAAGGCAAACUGUAAUGUAUAAGCUUCUGGACAGAUCCAACACUAAAUACUGCUUUACCGCUGGUCAGAUUUGUCAGCCAUAUGAUAGCAAAUGUUAAAAGUGCAAAAAAAUCCAACAACAUAGCUACUGACCGCUUCAUGUAUAACAUGGUGAAAAGUCCUUGGAUGUGUUACUGGGCUUUGCACAAGCAAAAGGUUAAAAUAACUCAACUUGAAGUGUAUUGAAUGAGAACGUACGCAUGCUGCUAAGAUUCAAGGAUUAUGACACAAUGACAGCUGUAAUAGUUAAAAGUUGAGAGGAUGGAUGGAUGGAUGGAUGAAAGUUCUCAGCUGUGGAAAGAUUUUGAAAAGAAAGCUUGGGGAACUCCUAGAGUUUAUUAUCAGUUAUAAUAAGAAUCACAGAUGUUCAUUUUAAAAGAAGAAAAAAAGGAAUUCCUACUAAUUGAUUCAAUGAAACUUUUAUGAGCAACUAAAAUCCCCCUACCCCCAGCAUUCAAGCGUGUCUUUUGUACAUAAAUAUCCAGUGUCUGGAAAUGACUGAUAAUGCAAAGCAUUCAGAAGACCUGUGACCUGCAUGAGAAGAUGGCUGCUACAGGAAUGUUCCACUUUUAAGAGGAUGGGGGGAUUUACAGUGGAAGAAAGCCUUGAGUGUCCUGCUUCCACAGUAUGGAUCCCUGGAGGGAAUUUUGGUAGAAGCUAAGGCUGGAUCCCCCUCCUACCUCCCUAUUUACUCUUCUGGUUAAAAGCACUCUCUUGAUUGUGGCUGGAGGUGCCAAGAAUGGAGAAGCACUUGUAACAAAUUGUAUUUUUAUUUUUCUGAAUUUAUUUUGAGGUUAUAUUUACUGCUUUUUUGCUAAUAGCAAGUAUGUACCAUAUGCAAAUGUAUGAUAAAUCAAAAGUGUAUUCAUGAGAAACCUUUUUUCAUAAGGCUGAAUUUGCCAAAGGUGGUUUUUGCUGCAUUUGAUUUUGUUUUUCAGUGUUCUUAACACUUGGAAAUCAUUUGGAGAUCAAGCCCUUGUGCCAUCUAACCAAGCAAUAAAAUGCACACAUGAGAAAGUAAAAAGCAAGGAAUUCAAAAGUAAAGAUGCUGCAUUCAUUUUCUAGCCCUAAUGCUGUAUUGAUGGUGAGCAUUACCACUGGCAGGUUGAGAGAUUAUGGGGCAUGACUCUAAACUGAUUUUUUUUCCCUUUCUAUUGUGAUUAAUGUUUUUAUAAAUGUGAAGAUGAAUGAUGAUAAACUAGUGCAUAUAAUGUGUACAGUUUGGCAGCCCAUGGAAAGACGUGACCACUCAAGCCCACUGUACAGAGUGAUGCUACAUGCCCUCUGAAAGCUGUUCCAGGUUCUAAUCUCUGUUUGGUCAGCAUCAAAUCUCGACAAAGUCUCUUUCAGCACUGAAAACUACAGAGGAGUGAACUUUUCAAGAUCUUGAAUGUUGAACAGUAGCAACAUGUUAACCAAAUGAUGCACAGUUUAACAUCGGAGAAGAAUGAUUUUUCUUAAGAACAAGGAAUUUAUGUUUUUUUUGUUUUUUUUAAAGCAUUUUGUUAAGUGUAAAGUUGUAAAGUGUAAUUUACUGUAAAUAGGGAUAUUUUGUGAUCCUUUUAUAACAGAAAUGAUAUCUUUGGAUGUUUACAAAAACAAUGACCUGCAAACUGAGACACAAUUGUAUUCCACAACCAACAGCACACAUUGAUGUGAGAACAGCUUUCAGAGAGAGGGGGACAUCUCCUCAGUACAACAUAUUCAGGCCUUUGAUGUUUGCAGUAAACUGUUACUGCUGUAGCAAACUGAAGAUAAAUUCCAGUAUUUUAAAAGAAAAUUCAUUUACAGUUUACUGAAAAUUUCCAGUCUGAAGAAAAUUCAUUUUCUGUUUCCUGUGGUUUGAGUGGUGCUUUAAACAGUUUCUUGUACCUGUACUGGCUGGCAGGGAACGCUAGAAAAUCCUCUUUAUACAUCAGCGAUGGUAACCCCUGGAUUUCUGUCUUUUGGUCCAGUUCCUGGGCUGACUGUCACUAUGGAAACAAGCCCACUGAAAGCACAGCAGAUAAAAUUAUAUGCAACCACUCAAGGGAGCGGGUCACCUGGAACAUGGGGUCAGGUUUGUGUGCUUGGCAAGUGUUUUAAAUAUGCCAAUAAGGAGGCCAAGUAAGGGGUAAAAAGGGGGAGGGGUAGAAUAGAUGGCUCUAGUGUAUGACAGGCAAAGGCCUUGCUAAAAACCUCUGUGUGGCUGCAGUGAUCACCUGGAUCCUUCAGGGUCUGUCAUUAUAAAAAUGCCUCAGUUCCUUUAGAUGUUAUUUGUUUUUCAUGUGUUCUUUUUUUCACCUGCUGUAACUAUUUUUUUCUUUUUCUUUUGCUUAACAAAUAGGAGCAUUGUAAAGAUGUAAAGAAAGGAGAUCCUGCAUUACAAAAGAAAUGGCUGUACAUAUUGUAUUAAUUAAAGCAAUUAAGCUUG